AUGGAAACCGACUUCACCAUGAGUGCACUGAAAAUUCACCAUGGGCUCGGAGAAGCCGGCCGGGCUGAGUUCGCACCAGCGUUGCAGGUGGGGCCAGCCCAGGAACGUGCCGGCCCACUCUCAGGCCUCCGCACAAGCCAGUCGCUUCCAGAGGAUGUUUACUGUGGCGCAGCGAGCGACUGGUCCCGUAACCCGGCGUUCAGAGGUCAGACUACAGCGAUCCACCGGGACUUUGUGCCGGCUGUCGCCCAGAGACUGACCCGCCUAGUACCCGCUGUGGUCUCAGCUUCGCCCCUGGAUUUCCCCAAAAUAGCCCUUCCCCCUACACCACCUCAAGGAGGCCAAAGCUCGAGGCGGUGCCGACCCAACCUCGUUAACUCCCGGCGGAUAGAAGCUGUUGUUUCCUGGAGGUCGCGCCUACUCCCUCCCUCGAGUCCCUGGAUAUCGCCUCCUCCAGUCUUUGGCCCGAACCCGCCUCAGCCCGACUGGGUCCCUGACCUGCGGCUUCCAAAGCUGCGCAGGCGCACUGCACGGUCUCACGUUUAUCUCGCCAAAGGUCGCCGAGGCCGGAGCCACCUGGGGAGGCUCCCUGACAAGAGCAGCUUUCAUCAGUUCUCCCGUCAAGAUCUCCUUGAUGAGGUGUGCAAAGCAGUGCCUGCUGGAGCCCACCAGCCAUGUGGGAAGACACCUGUGGAAGACACCGCUCCUGCCAUGCCCCUAUUGGCUCCUCUGACCAAGCAUUGUCUACCUCUGGCCUCCAUCAUUUCACCAGGCCCGACAACUUCCUCAGUUUCUGUUCAUUCACACACAUCCCUGAGUGCCUCUCAGCCACUAGAGCCUUUUAUUUCCCCAGACAUCCUUUCAUCCUCCACAGUUGCUCUUUCCUCACCCCCACUGUAUCUGCCUGAUUCAGAGGCCUGUCCUCUGACAGCCUCCUCUGCCCCACCACUGCUAGACUCCGUUUUGACUCUUACUCAGAGUGACUCCUCGAUGGCACUACCACUGGGACCUGCCCCACAAAGCUUGUUUCCACAUCCUCCUUGGUCAGCUUCUCUUAUCCCAGCUAUCUCAGGCCUUGGUCAUUCACAUUGUCCCGUUUCAGCCCUGUCCUGGUGGCAGGCAGCUGCAAAAGCCUUGUAUCUCUCAACCUCAUCAGAGUACAAGUCCCAGAAAAAGCACCUUUCCCACAACCCAGCAGGGGCCUCAUUAUGGAUCAGCCCCACAGACAGACAAGUAGAGGCUAGUAGCCCUUUUUUGCUCAACUCUCAUGAACAGAAGCUCCUAGAUAUACAAGUGACAAAGAGAGGUGAGAUCAAGAUUUGGAAAGAAAAAGAAAAAGAUGAAUCACAUCUAAAACAAAUGAGCCCAGACUGUCACCUGAAUUCUUUGGGGAAUAUGUUGGAGUCUCUGCAUGCUGAACAGAACACCACAACCCCCCAGGCUUUCUGGAGCACAAAAGACAAACCAGGGCAGCUGCCUGGUCCUCAGCAGUUCUCAUAUCCCAAGGUCCUGGGGAACAAUCUACAGCAGAAAUGUAACCAGCUUUUCUGGGGUCUUCCUUCUCUGCACAGUGAAUCCUUGGUGGCUGCUGUUUCGAUCCCUGAGACCUCUUCUGUACCACAGUCUCCUUUCUUAUUCAACAGAAUUUCUCAUGCCUGCCCAGUUCAAAUGCAAGCUAAAAUAUCUCCACUGCUUUUCCAGUUCCAGCCCUUCUCCCAUCUAGAGUUCCAGUCUCAACCCUUUAUUCCAACAAUACCUCAAUUCCAGCCCCCUCCUCUGGCUCAGAUCCAAACCCAAGCACAUCUAAAAUCCUCUCUCCCAAUCCUACCAUCUUCUUCUUCAGCUCAGAUUAGGACCUUUGGACUGUCUUGCCCUACAGCCCAGAAUAAGCCACAGUCUCUUACCCCAACUGAGAUUCAACAUUCAGAAUGGUCCUUGUUGCAGAAGCAACUAGAAAAUGGGAGGACUUUAUCUUCUGUAGUCAAACAAUCUGAGGAAGUCUUUAAUGUCUUCCCUUCCAACCUUCCUGAAGACAGCUGGGUGGUCUCCAUCCUUCCUGAGAAUUUUCCAAUCAGUCUAGAGCUCAGGAAGCAGCUGGAACAACAUCUCCAAAAUUGGCUCAUCCAACAUCAGUGGGAGCUGCCCCAAAGGAUCCAAGAGUCUUCAGAGAUAAGGCAGCUUCAGGGAGAAUUACCAAGCACAUGCCAAGCAAAGGGCAAGGAUAGACCCCCACAACCAUCUUUGUUUACAGGUAAAAGCAGCAAGGAUGCACAGAAGGUGAGGUUCCAGCUAAGCCAGGGUGUGGGCAAGGGCCUAGGGCAUAUUCUGGGGAAGGUUCCAAAAGAUCUGUCUAGGAACUCAGAAAGCUCUGUAGUGAAGUUUCAGGAGGUGAACUCUGAGGAGUCAGAAAAUGACCUAAGGCUCUUGAGGAGUGACUCAGGAAUUGAUUUACUAAGGAGCUUAGAUAAGAACCUAGACAACAUUCUGAAAGGCCAUUUGGGCAGGAAGUUGGGGCGGAACAGCAAGGGUUUGGUUCCUGUGAAUGUACAUCAGUCUAGCCUUGAUGUCAAGCAUCCUUCUUCCAAGUCUGAUACUCUGGAGGAGACCAGCAAUCUAGGCAUCCUGAAGGGUUGGGAACCCUGUGUGAACACCGGUUAUAGGGUUUCCUUCCUCGAUCCAGAUACUCAAGAGGAACUGGAAGAACAUAUUACAAGAUUUAGGGUAAAGCAUAGGUGGGGCCUACCUCUCAAGGUCCUCAAGCCCAUAAAUCUCUUUAAAUUGAAAAAGCCUCAACCCUCCACCAUGCAGUUUGUCUCUGCGCCCUCAGCCACCUAUGUGCCUGAGUCCCACUCAACAGUAAAAUUUGCUGAGUUCCUCGGAAAACCUCCUCAGGCCCAUUCAAGAGAGGUGAUAAAAGAAGAAAAAGUUAAAGGUGGUGAUGCCCUGCAAAACUGCAAGCCCAAAUCGGCCACUGCCCAGAGCGAAGGACCAGUCGAAAGCAGAUCAAUCCUGAACAGUGAGAAUGCUGAGGCUCAGGCACUUAUGACAGCUGUUGGACAGAUCCUAGAAGAAAAAAUGACAACUCACCAUGGACUUCAUGCCACAAAGUUAAAAGAACCCAAACAGGAACUCCAAGCCCCGUUGUACCUGUGCACAAGAACCGCUAGGUACCUUUUCAUGGUCAAGAUUCCAGCCCUCCCCCUGCUGCCUAUGCUCCCCUGGUUCACCACGCCCCCCACGUUUCCUUCACUCCACGUCCCCACGUCCAUGCCCUCCGUGCCCUGCGUCCGCACGUCCACGCAGGCCAGCUCAGUUGUCCACCGCCUCUUUCGCAACCAACUUGGUGACGAAUUUGGUGAUGAAUUUGGAAGCGGUCCGAGAAGGAGGGAGCACGGGGGACAUUGGCCAAAAGACUUGGCCCCUCACGGGGAUCAAGAGGCCCAGCCUGAGCCUCGGGUCCUUCUGCUCCAGAGCCGCCCCCCAGGUCCCCACCGGACACCCUGA